AUGCAGGCGCGCUACUCCGUCUCCAGCCCGAACUCUCUGGGCGUCGUUCCGUACAUCAGCGGCGACCCGGGCUACUACCGAGCCGCGGCCGGCGGGGGAUACACGGGUAUGGCUGCGCCGAUGAACAUGUACACCCACGCCGCGCACGACCAGUACCCCGCCGGUAUGGCGCGCGCCUACGGACCGUACACCCCGCAGCCUCAACCCAAGGAUAUGGUGAAGCCUCCGUAUAGCUACAUCGCGCUCAUCACCAUGGCCAUCCAGAACUCACCCGACAAAAAGGUGACCCUGAAUGGGAUUUAUCAGUUCAUCAUGGAGCGGUUCCCUUUCUACCGGGACAACAAGCAGGGCUGGCAGAACAGCAUCCGCCACAACUUGUCUCUCAACGAGUGCUUCGUCAAAGUGCCGCGCGACGACAAGAAGCCCGGCAAGGGCAGCUACUGGACCUUGGACCCAGACUCGUACAACAUGUUCGAGAACGGCAGCUUCUUGCGCAGGCGACGGCGCUUCAAGAAGAAGGACGUGCUCAAGGAGAAGGAGGACCGGCUUCAGAAGGACGCGCCGCCUCGCCAGCCGCAGCAACAGCAGCAGUCUCGGGACCAGGAGCAGUCCGGCACGCAGCCCGUCCGGAUCCAGGAUAUUAAGACGGAAAACGGAACGACGACACCCCCGCAGGCCAACUCGCCCACUUUGAGCGCGGUUCCCAAAAUCGAGAGCCCCGAUAGCAGCAGCAUGUCCAGCGGGAGCCCGCACAGCAGCAUCCCGUCCAACCGCUCCAUCGUGGGCAUGGAGGCCGCGGAGCACCACCACCACCACCACCAUCAGCAGCAGCAGCAACACCAGGCGCAGGGCUUCAGCGUGGACAAUAUCAUGACUUCCCUUAGGGGGUCUCCGCAAGGGUCUAGCGAACUGCCCCCCACGAGGACAGGUAUCGCCCCGUCGUUGUCGCUCAGCUACUCCCCGAGUCAGACCUCCGCAUACAGCUCCCCGUGUAACCAGAACUCCAUCUCCACUACCUCCAACGCCACCUACCAUUGCAACAUGCAGGCCAUGAGCUUGUACGCUGGGGAGCGGGCGAGCCACCUGGCUGCCCCCAGCACCACCGUGCCGGACGAGAGCCUACCAGACUACUCUGUCACAACCACCUCGUCGUCGCUGCACGGCGGCGGCCUCAACUCGGGCCAGGAGGGCCACCCGCACGCUCACCAGGGCCGGCUGACCUCGUGGUACCUCAACCAGGCCGGGGACCUGGGCCACCUGGGUGCUGCGUACCCGACGGCGCAGCAGCAGAACUUUCACUCGGUGCGAGAGAUGUUCGAAUCCCAGAGAAUCGGUUUGAAUAACUCGCCGGUGAACGGGAAUAACAGCUGCCAGAUGUCCUUCCCGCCGAGCCAGUCUAUCUAUCGCACUUCGGGAGCUUUUGUGUAUGACUGCAGCAAGUUCUGA